AUGGCCUCCCCCGCCUCCCCUUCGGUACCGUCUACUGGCACCGGUUCUGCUCGCGCCAAUUGGGGUAGACACGGCGAUCCUGGGGCAGCAUUUCGAGGACUCAGCAAGGGUAGAGGCAGUGGUCAUGGAGGGAGAGGCCGGCGUGGUGGACGCCGCGGCGGCAAUGGCGGAGGCAGAGGAGAGCCUUCCACGCUUGUCGACGAAGCCCCAAACAAACCGAGUGCCGAUCAGACCAAGGAGAAGCUGCCGCCAACGGAUGCGCCUAAAGCUGCCGCACCUCCAGCCCCUACGCCUAGUGCACCAUCAACCAAGCCAGGUCAGUCAAAGCCACCAACAAGAAAACCGUCAGAGCAUAAACCAUCCAGGAAGGCUUCCAUCGCUAGUGCAGAUACAUCCACAUCCGCCCAGACUUCCGCAGCGUCGAGCAAUCCUUCAAUAGGCCGGCGAAAGCGGUCAUAUACCCGGAACAAAGGAGGACCUACUGCGGCUCCUUCAAAGCAGUCUCUAUCUACCCAAUCGAGCUAUAGCCAGCUCUGUGCUGAGAGACCUGCACUAGUUGCCAAAGACCCCCCCCCUCACCUGAUGCCUCCCCCCUCGACACCCACGUUCAACAUCAAGAACGACAUCGAUGCUUUGGUGGAACGUGUUCGUGCAGGCGCAAUGGACCGUCCUUCCACCCCAGGCAGUCACAUCGACUGGGCGAGUGACGAGGAUGACAGUCUUCCCGAUCUUCCCGACUGGGGUCUCGCAUCCAAUCGAUCCAAUGGAUCCAGGAGAGAAAGUGUCAUCUCUCCAAUAUUGGAGGAUACGCUUAAGCCCCUUCCAAGUUUGGAUCUAGGGACUCCGGUUAUUGUGAUGUCACACGAUCCGGAAGAUGUUGUUGUUCUGCCCGAUAUGUCCGUGUCGAGAGAACAUGAUUUCAAGACGUCUGAAGAAACAAGGGAAGCUGUUCCCCAUGUUAUGACAGCUUCUUCUAUCGUACAGGAGAAACAAGCGGAAGACAGUCAUGUUGGAAAGGGUGGCGAGGCUACCUCCGAAUCCCUGGAGGACCUUGCCUCCAAGGUGGAAGACGACGCCAAGACAGAUGUAUCGUCAACUGUAGCAACGACGGACUCGCCCGGUUUGUCCACGCGGCAGACGACAUUGGAGAGCUUGUCCCCGCCUAAGGCGGCAGGAAAACUUCCAAUACAUCCCUCGCUCCCUCCCAAGCCAUUUACCCAUUCGGUAUCCUCAAAACAACCCCCUCGAGCUGAGCCCGUGUUAAGUGUUCCGCGUCCUGAGCCAAUAGUGGUGGAGCCACCGUUCGAAAGUGGACUGGCACAGUCAAUACAUGCGCCGGGCGCGAAGUCGGCUCCCGUGGAAGCCUCCUCUACGAAGAGCCGUUCCACGGAGCGUGGGCUUGCAGCGUCAAUGCAUGUGCCAUUGCCAUCCGCACCCAGCCAGUCUUCCAAUCAUCUCUCGCCUGAUGCCUCCUAUCACACGCACAACCGCUCGCGCACGCUAGGACGCCUCGGUCACCGCCAGCCGUAUACCGCGCCUGCGUCUGGCUUUUCCGGUCAUCAUUCGGAUCCUGACCGGGAGCGGCCGUUCUCAGCGAACAUCUCGCAUCAUGCGCGCACGCACUCCACACCGCCGACGGGCCCGGGGACCGCCACAGCGCAUGCUCGCACUGUGCACGCUGCCAGACCUGUUAUCACGGUCGAUGCGAUCUCCAGGCUCGCCAGGACGCUGAAUGCGGCCGGUAUCAGACGGGAAGCACCUGCGGUGACCGUGGCGAAGGAUUCAAGUUGA